UCUCUUCGAGGAAGUGAAACCACUGUGAUGUAUUUUUACAUUUUGAGGUGCCAGAGCAAAAUGGAGCACUACAGGCAGGAGAGAAAGGUUGCUGAGAAGAGCUGCUGUUACGGGGAAGGGGAAAAACCCAUAUUCACUCUGUGAUAGCUUCUGACAGUGUUUCAAAGCACAUGAUAAAGCGUGCAGUGGAUUUACUGGAAUAAAUAAGCCAUAGGCAAGUCUUCACCUUGGGUAUUUUGCUUCUCUUUCUGCUGUCAGCAUUAACAACUGCAAUUACUUUAGAUGAGCAAUGGCCACAGAUGUCUUCAACUCCAAAAGUCUGGCCAUUCAGGCCCAGAAGAAGAUCCUUGGAAAAAUGGUGUCCAAAUCAAUCGCAACUACUUUGAUCGAUGAUACAAGCAGUGAUGUUUUAGAUGAGCUUUACAGAGUAACAAAGGAAUAUACACAAAAUAAAAAGGAAGCAGAGAAGAUCAUCAAAAACCUCAUUAAAAUAGUCCUCAAAUUGGCAAUUCUCUACAGGAACAACCAGUUUAAUCAGGAUGAAAUAGCAUUGAUGGAGAAAUUCAAGAAGAAGGUUCAUCAGCUGGCUAAGACCGUGGUCAGUUUCCAUCAGGUGGAUUAUACCUUUGACAGGAACUUUUUGUCCAAACUGUUAAAUGAUUGCAGAGAGCUACUCCAUGAAAUCAUUCAGCGUCACCUAACUGCAAAGUCACACGGACGUGUCAACAACGUGUUUGAUCACUUCUCUGAUUGUGAAUUUUUGGCUGCCUUGUACAAUCCCUUUGGACCUUAUAAACACCAUUUGCAGAAGCUUUGUGAUGGGGUCAACAAAAUGCUAGAUGAGGGGAACAUAUAAGUACUUGUAUUAGAGGUGACUGCCCAUGAAUUAUUUGUAGAUGGAACACUGUUGAUUUAUGAAGGAAUAAGGGAGCAUGCAAAGAGGGGGUUUUUUACAUAUUGACAAAUAUUUCCAAAUAUUUCCAAAUGUCUUUAUUAAUUGAUUUCUUAUUAUGAACUAUGUGUUGCUAUUCACAGUCCAUCUGGAAGAAAGACUGUGCAGGACUAUUUUUACUAUGCUUUGCCUAUGGAAACAGCUUGAUAAAGACAAUCAAACAGAAUGAUCCAAGUAGAGUAAGAGUCUUGCAAGAUAGAUACACAAACCAAAACAAUAUGCUGUCAGACAAUCAGCAUCUUUCAUAGAUUUACAGAAUUAAUUCUAAACUAUCAGAGUCCAGUAAUGUUGGUAACAGACUAUCCUGGUGAUGGUACACUCUGUAAUUUUUUUCACUUGUAAAAUAGAUAUAUUUGAUUCAUUUAUAGUCUUUUGUGCUCUCUGCACAGAUCACAGCUUCCUAGUAUUGCCAUUAUGAAGCACUGAAUUUAAAUAAUAUCAACGAUGCUGUCACGUAAGAGUCUUAACAGCAGGCUUGUGCAUCGCCAGCUCAGAGAUGAAAAAUUCCUGUCUGGAAAGAAGGAUCUGCCAAAUAUAGAUCCUUAUAGACCUGCACAGAUGCUUGCUUACUUUGAUUAUAUGGGGAUUAUUUGAGGAAUAAGCUACAGUAAAGUAGCCGAACUGGGGAAGAGUAUUCCCUAGAAACCACCUGCAGUACCUAAUUUUAACUCUGCCUGUGAUAAGGUAAAACACAGUGACUUCUCUGUGCAAUUCCUUGAGAUAUUUAGAAUUCUGCUACUAGAAUCAUAGAAUCAGUCAUUUGGGUUGGAAGGGUCACAAUUCUUUUUGGAAAGGUGUGAGUCAGUGUAUUUUAUAUGCUAGUCUGAUGUGUAUGAUGAUGUGAAUUGACUAAGGUUGAUCAUCUGAAAAUAAAUUCCAGCCAAUUUGCUUUCUGUACAAUGAAACUAGAAACAGAAAUUAGUUUUAUCAUUGUGUUAUAUACUAUUUAACUAAUGGAAAAAUGGAAUUUUGAAUAAUUUUUUUUCUUCUUUUCUCACUUCCUACUUUUUAUCCUUCUUCUUCUCCUUCAUCUUCUCUCUGCCUUGACAUUGGGGAUAAAAAAAUGUGACUUUCUAGACACUGUAAUGUACUUUAGAGCAUGAAGUUAAUACAUUUCAAACAGCCGAAGACUUUUUGUUAGGAAGCAUAUACAGAAUUUGCUGUUUAUUUAAUUGCCAGUGUUUUUGCUGUUUGCUGUGUCCUUUUGUUUUAAUGAGUAAACCAAAGAAUAUUUGCACUCCAAAAUUUU